AUGGCGGCGGUCCGGGCGGCUACGGUAUUCCGCUGCCAGCUGUGCCGCCGCAGCGCCUUCGCAGGCCGCCGGAGCCACCUGUACAGCGCGGGGCACCAGCGGCGGCUGCGCGCGGCCCUGGCCCGGCUGGGCGAGAAGGUGGCGGCGGCGCGGGCGGCGGCGCGGCGAGCGGAGGUGCUGCCCUUCCAGGCCGGCGAGCACGAGCGGCGCGCCUGGUGCCCCUGCUGCGCGCGGGAGGUCCGGCGCCACCUGAGCCGCGGCGCGCGGACAGUGCUGCACGGCGGCCUCCUGCAGCACCUGGCCAGCCCGGAGCACGGGAGAGCCGUGGCCGCCUUCUGGAGGAAAAAUAGGGCAGACCCCAAGCUGAAGGCCAACUUCCUACUGUCCGCGGCGGAGUAUCGGCGCUUUCAGGAGUCUCUCUGCAAAGCCCUGGAUGCUUAUGAAGAGAAGGAAGACGUGGCCAUCCAGGAGGCUGCAGCUCAUAUCCGAAACAUGGAACAGAAGAGACGAGAGAUGGUUCAGGCCAUCUUAGAGCCACAGAGAGCGGACACACGAGGUGAUGGAUCCACUGCUGUCAACACCUUUACAGGGAAUUUAAGUGAUUCUCCUUUUGCUAUGGAAGAGCAGGAACAGCCUGGGUCCAGCUGGAACACUUUUCUUCGAGAAGACCCUAGUUGUGCCAGCAGGACUGUGCCUGAGCUACAGUACACUGAAACAGGGCAGCCCUUAACUUUCAUUGGCCACCAGGAAACAGGCAGGGAGGGCAACGUUCACACAGGAGCAAAACCUCCCUGGCUGAUGAAUGAAGAGAAGGAAGGCGAGAGGCAGAUUGGACCUUCCUAUGAAGAAUUCCUUAAGGAAAAACAGAAGCAGAAAUUGAAACAGCUCCCACCCAACCGUGUUGGGGCUAACUUUGACCACUCGUGUCAGACAGGAGAUGGUUGGCUUCCUUCCUUUGGGCGCGUUUGGAAUCAUGGUAGAAGAUGGCAAUCCAGCGGACCCUGGAAAUGCAUAAUAAAUAAAAUAUAUGGUCAGAAGAGCUUAUGUAUGGGUCCUGGAACCUCCCAUUGCAGAAGAGAAUAGAAGGAAUCCAGCCUCUCAAGUUCCUAUCCUCGAUGUAAGAAAAUAAACUGUUUC